CUUCCUGCUUAUGAAUUUGUAUGUAGACGUUUCAAAGUAAUUGUUAUCAGGUGCCCUACGUGUCAGAGAUGUGUUGUUGUGUAAAGAAAGUUGUAGUUUGUGUGGGAAGUUAUUGAAAUUUAUUUUUUUGUAAAUUUUUGUCGUAUGCGUUUGUCCUUAGAGUCUAUGAGAAUUAUAUGUGGUAGCAUCAUUGUACGUCAACAUGUUCUGGACUGUUGUUUUUGUUGUUGGAGUGACAUUUUUUCACCCUUCGGAACAGUUUUAUUUGCCGGGCCUCGCCCCUGUCAAUUACUGUAAGCAGGGUGAGGACAUCCCCACGACUUGUGAGUCAGUUGUUACCCUGUACGUGAAUCGACUGAACACCGAGGAGUCAGUGAUACCCUAUGAAUAUCAACAUUUUGACUUUUGUGAAAUUGAUGAAUCAAAAUCACCUGUUGAAAACCUUGGACAAGUGGUUUUUGGUGAAAGGAUACGUCCAUCAGCAUAUCAGAUUAAGUUUUUGGAAGACCAGUCAUGCUCUGUAGCGUGUAUCAAGAACUACACCGGCACUGACAAAGACUCUGAGACAAAGCUUGGGUUACUUAGAAGAGGCAUUGGCUUAAACUAUCAACAUCACUGGAUAAUUGAUAACAUGCCUGUCACAUGGUGCUACCCAUUGGAUUAUGGGAAUACAUAUUGCAGUACUGGCUUUCCAAUGGGAUGCUAUGUAAAGGACAAGAAGUCUGGCCAGGAUAGUUGUUCUGUUGUGAAUAUGCAGACUAACAGAAAAGCACACUAUAUUUUCAACCAUGUUGAUUUGCAAAUCACUUACCACAGUCCUGAAGGAAUGGAUUGGGACAUUGGUUACCAGGAUAAAGCUGGCAGAAUUAUCUCGGCAAAAGUAACUCCCCGGAGUAUAAAGCAUCCAAAUAACAAAAUUGACUGCUCCAGUAAAGAGCCCAUGGAAAUUCCAAGUGAAUGGAAGAAAAAUCAGAAGUUAUCUAUACCAUAUACAUACAGUGUGAAGUUUAUGAAAAAUAACACUAUAAAGUGGUCAUCACGGUGGGAUUACAUAUUGGAGUCAAUGCCUCACACAAAUAUUCAGUGGUUCAGUAUCCUGAAUUCCCUAGUUAUUGUUUUGUUCUUGUCUGGUAUGGUCGCCAUGAUCAUGCUGAGAACAUUGCACAAGGAUAUUGCUCGUUACAACCAGGACUCACUCACAGGAGAUUUUCAGAGACAGCACAUGCUAUCUGAAGCCUACAACCUCAAACUGCUAGAAUUGGAGAAUGUCUUUAAAUAUCAUGGCAAAUCUGGCCAACAAUUCAAGCAGCUGGCACCUGUUGUGAUCGUCGCACAACAUACAACAGAAUCCUACAAUGCAGAAGAAGAAUGUAUGAACAACAAGGCAGCUUACAAAAAACUAAAUGAAGAAAAGAAGGCAAUAGCCGAGGAAGUCUUAAAUUCAAUUGAUUCAGGCGAAGAUGCCCAAGAAGAAUUUGGAUGGAAACUAGUACAUGGAGAUGUUUUUCGACCACCACGGAAAGGGAUGUUGCUUUCUGUUCUCCUGGGCUCAGGGACACAAGUUUUCUGCAUGUCGCUUGUCACUUUAGCAUUUGCUUGCCUUGGUUUUCUGUCACCUGCAAAUCGUGGAGCUCUUAUGACAUGUGCAAUGGUACUGUAUGUGUGCUUUGGGACACCUGCUGGAUAUGUUGCUGCCAGGAUCUACAAAAGUUUUGGUGGAGAGAAAUGGAAAUCCAAUGUUCUACUCACAUCAAUGCUAAGCCCAGGAGUUGUGUUCUGCUUAUUUUUUGUUAUGGACCUUAUUCUGUGGGGCAAGGGCAGCUCUGCAGCUGUUCCAUUUAGCACUCUGGUUGCUCUGCUUGCUCUAUGGUUUGGUGUUUCUGUUCCACUCACAUUCAUUGGAGCUUAUUUUGGAUUUAGAAAACGAGCUAUUGAGCAUCCGGUUAGGACAAAUCAGAUCCCACGAAAGAUUCCUGAACAAAGCAUUUAUACACAACCAUUGCCAGGAAUAAUAAUGGGUGGUGUUCUCCCAUUUGGGUGCAUCUUUAUUCAGCUGUUUUUCAUCCUUAAUUCUAUUUGGUCCAGCCAGAUGUACUACAUGUUUGGAUUUCUCUUCCUUGUGUUCAUCAUACUUGUUAUCACUUGUUCAGAGACAACUAUUUUGCUGUGUUACUUCCAUCUAUGUGCUGAGGAUUAUCACUGGUGGUGGCGCAGUUUUCUCACGAGUGGUUUCACAGCAUUUUACUUGUUUGUCUAUUGUAUCCAUUAUUUUGUAACAAAACUGAACAUUGAGGAUGCUGCAUCAACCUUCCUGUACUUUGGAUAUACUUUAAUCAUGGUUUUCCUGUUUUUCCUACUCACAGGAACCAUUGGAUUUUUUGCCUGCUUCUGGUUUGUACGAAAGAUCUACAGUGUAGUUAAAGUUGAUUGAAGUGAAGUCCUUCAGUGAUAAUGGUACUCUGGAUUGAAUAGAAGUGAAGUCAAGAAAAGUGAAUUGAUGUCAAAAGUGCUUUAAAAAGUGCUAGAAUGUCUGUAAAGUUUGAGAGGUGGUUUCGUAAAGAAUGCUCACUAUAGGGACAUUAGUGCUGGUUCUUAUAUGGACUAUAACAGAAAUAUUUUCUGAUGUCUGAUGUACUUCAAAUUCUUUUGUAUAACUGCAGUGCUGUACUGCUGGCUGAUACUAAUAUUAAGAGUAGCAAAAGAAAUAAAUUUAAUACUGUAA